AUGGGUUCAUUCAUGAGAAGUGCAACAAUUGCCUUUUGUGUUGCCUAUCUCACCAUUGCAACCUUUCAUAAUUGCUUUUGCAAUGGAAAAUCCAAUACCAUUUGCAAUGAAACCGAGAAGCAAGCCCUUCUAAAAUUCAAGCAAGAUCUUAAAGACCCUUCAAACCAAUUGUCGUCUUGGGCUGGUGAGGAUUGUUGUCAAUGGGCAGGAGUUGUUUGCAACAACUUAACUGGCCAUGUCCAUAUGAUCCGCCUUCGUAAUCUUCAUCCUUUCAGGGUUGAUCAAACUGAAGCUGAAUAUGAAGCUUAUUUGAGUUACAAGUUAGGUGGCACGAUAAAUCCUUCUCUACUCGAUUUGAAGUAUCUCCGUCACCUGGACUUAAGUUGCAAUGAUUUUGAAGGGAUUCCCAUUCCAAGCUUCAUUGGCUCUAUUGGAAGAUUGAGAUACCUCAACUUAUCUCAAGCUGGAUUUAGCGGAACCAUUCCCCAUCAACUUGGAAAUCUCACCAUGAUGCGUUAUCUUGGUCUCGGAGGUACUACUACUAAUUAUGGUUAUCUUGAUCUUGGACGUGUUUUUAAUUACAAUGUAUUACAGUUACAUGGUGAUAAUUUGCAAUGGCUUUCGGGUCUUCAUUCAUUACAACACCUUGAUAUGCUUCGGGUGGACCUUAGCAAAGCAUUGGAUUGGCUACAGGUGAUAAAUGCCCUCCCUUCUUUGACAGAAUUACACGUGUCUAGUUGCGAACUCAAAUAUGUUUCUCCUUCAUUUAACAUUAACUUCACAUCACUUGCCAUCCUUGACCUUUCCUAUAAUGAAUUCGAGUCAUCUGUAUUUGGGUGGAUUUUCAGUCUAAGUCACCUAGUUUCCCUAGAUAUCAGUGGAUGUAACUUUUAUGGUCCACUUCCUAAUGGUCUUCAAAACAUGACUUUUCUUACAGUGUUUGAUGCUUCUGAAAAUAAUCUAAUUUCCCCGAUGCCUAAGGGGUUGUUUAGCCUCAUUGGUCUCGUUUCUCUUCGCUUAGGCAACAAUAAUUUCAAAGAACCAAUUCCAAUUGGGCUUUUGAACAUGACUUCUCUUAGAGUUUUGGAUUUGUCUUGGAAUUUUGUCAAUUCUACCAUGCCAAAUUGGUUGUAUGAUUUGAGCCAGCUCGAGUCCCUCAAUCUCGCAGACAAUCACUUGAAAGGUGAAAUCUCAGGUGACAUUGGAAACUUGACUUCCCUCGUUACCCUUGAUUUAUCAUUCAAUCAACUUGAGAAAAGAAUACCAAGUUCAUUGGGAAAGCUUUGCAAGUUAAAGAAAAUUGCUUUAUCAAGUAACAAAUUUGGCGGGGAGAUAGCACAAGUUUUCAAAAUUUUCUCCCAGUGCAUGUUAGAUGGAUUGGAGUGGGUGGCAUUAGAUUCUAAUGAUCUACUUGGUCACUUGUCGGAUGAGCUUGGCCAGUUCAAAAAUCUUGCCGACCUAUGUCUUUCCAAUAACAACAUCUCUGGUCUAAUUCCAGCAUCGAUAGGAAAAUUAUCAUCCUUGAUAAGAUUAGAUCUUUCUCAAAAUCAGUUGAAUGGAACACUUCCUGAAACUCUUGGACAACUUGUCAAGUUAGAAUGGUUGUAUAUUUCGAAUAAUUUGUUGAAGGGUGUUGUCUCUGACAUUCACUUUGCUAAUCUCACAAGAUUAUGUUCCUUUUAUGCAUUUGGAAACAAUUUAAUUUUGAAAGCAAGUGAUAGUUGGGUUCCUCCUUUUCAAAUUAAGCGUUUGUCACUGACCUCAUGGCAAUUAGGGCCAAAAUUUCCAUUAUGGCUUGAAUCUCAAGAAAAGUUAGCUGAUUUGGAUCUAGCCAACACAAAUAUUUCAGAUUCCAUUCCCACCUGGUUUUGGAACAUGUCUUCCCGAUUAAAUUAUUUAAAUCUCUCUUGUAACCAAAUCCACGGAGAGAUUCCAAGAAUAAUAGAGGUUCUUUUCCUUGGAAUAAUUGACAUGAGUUCCAACUAUUUGGAGGGUCAAUUACCAUUCAUCUCCUCUAAUUUGUCGGCACUAGAUCUUUCAAACAAUUAUUUUUCAGGAUCUAUUCACCACGUCAUAUGUGGUACAGGGGAGAAACCAAUCAAUAUUCUGAUGGCUCUUCUUCUUGGAGACAAUUAUCUAUCAGGAGGAAUUCCUGACUGUUGGGGGCAUUGGCCAUUUUUGCAAAUCCUAAGAUUGGAAAACAACACUCUGAUGGGUAACAUUCCGCCCUCCAUUGGAAAUUUAAAUUUCCUCGAGGUGAUGCAUUUGCGGCAUAACAACCUCUCAAGAGAACUACCAGAGUCUCUACAACACUGUACAAACUUGUUGACCCUUGAUCUUGGUGAAAAUGAAUUUACUGGAAGCAUACCGAUUUGGAUUGGGAAUUCAUUUUCAAAUUUGAUAGUUCUCAACCUUCAUGCAAAUAAGUUUCAAGGUGAUAUUCCAUAUGAACUAUGUCGUCUAGGUGCUCUUCAAAUCUUGGACCUUGCACAUAAUAAUCUCUCAGGACUUGUGCCAACAUGUUUCAACAAUUUUAGUGCCAUGGCAAGAAAACAACACUCAAGUAACCACCUAUCCUAUCUCACAUAUAGGGGAGAAUAUUUUGAAAGUGCAACUUUGGUGACCAAAGGAAGAGAGGUUCUAUAUAGCACCAUUCUUGAAUUGGUGACAAGCAUAGAUCUUUCAGAAAACAAUUUAUUUGGAGAAAUUCCCAAGGGACUAACUAGACUUGUGGGAUUGUGGUCUCUGAAUUUGUCUAGAAAUCAUUUAACAGGAGGGAUUCCCGAGAAUAUUGGUGAUAUGGGACAACUUGAAUCCCUUGAUUGCUCUUUCAACCAACUUAGCGGUGAGAUUCCAUUUAGCAUGUCAAGUUUGUCAUUCUUGAGUUACUUGAAUUUGUCUUAUAACAAUUUGACAGGAAAAAUUCCAUCAAGUACUCAGCUUCAAAGCUUAGAUGAAUCCAGCUUUAUUGGGAACAAACUUUGUGGACCUCCACUUAUAAACUGCAGCACAAACACGACAAUAGCUAAAGUUGGACAUGGAGGUGAAGCAGAUGAGGGAUUUUCAGAAGUGUGUGAAUAUUGGCUGCGAAUCUUGGAAGAUUCGAAAUCCACAACUGUCAAUUGUGGUGGCUGGGUCAAGAAAAUGAGUGUGAAGCUGAGCUGGGUAAUUGGUGCUAAAGAUUUCAGUUAG